UUUCAAACAAUUCUCAUUUCCCCCUUCGAGCGCGCUUUCCCAUUCUAUAAUAGAUCUUUCUUUCUUUGCUCAGCAACUCUAGAGUCUAGUCUAGUCAUCAGCCCGUGCCCUAGAUUUUUCUCCAAUAUCUUCUGCAUUUGAUCUUUUUCGCUCUAAUCUCGCCUGCAAAUCCGUUCCAAAAGCCCAACUUCCAUUUUUUAGGGCUAAUUUCUUGAAUCGGAGAGGAAAAAAUUCGUGAGAAAGGAAAUGCCGAUCAUCUCAGAGGCAGCGAGCGCUAUUAGAAGCCGGUUUAGGUUUCAGGAACACUCGGAAUGUGAUUCUGUCCGGAGUACCCCGAAUAUCUUGAAAUCGGCAUCUAAGGAGAAUUUGUGUCACUCUAUAGUAGCUAAUUCAGCCAUCCGAAGUAUCAGCGGGAGGGAAGAACAUAGCGUUAAUGGAGCGGCAAGCCAGAGCUUCGAGUUGGAGGAAGACCCUUCUUUCUGGAAGGAUCACAACGUCCAGGUUGUCAUCCGGAUACGUCCCCUUAGUAGUUCUGAAAUAUCCCUCCAAGGCUACAGCAAAUGUGUUAGGCAGGAAAGCAGCCAAACAGUUACAUGGAUUGGGCAUCCGGAAUCUCGUUUCACCUUUGAUCUUGUAGCUGGGGAGACAAUUAGCCAGGAGAAGUUAUUCAAAGUGGCUGGAGUGCCCAUGGUGGAAAAUUGCAUGGGAGGCUAUAACAGUUGCAUGUUUGCAUAUGGCCAAACUGGUAGUGGAAAGACUCACACAAUGCUUGGAGACAUAGAGGGAGGCACUCGAAGACCUAGUGUUAAUUGCGGAAUGACACCUAGAGUCUUUGAGUACUUAUUUUCAAGGAUCCAAAAGGAAAAGGAAACUCGUAGGGAUGAAAAGCUGAGGUUUACUUGUAAAUGCUCAUUUUUGGAAAUAUACAAUGAACAAAUUCUUGAUCUUUUGGACCCAACCUCUUUAAAUUUACAGAUAAGAGAGGAUGCAAAAAAGGGUAUUUAUGUGGAGAAUCUAACAGAGUUGGAGGUUACAAGUGCUCAAGAUGUUAUUCAACAACUUGUUCAGGGAGCUGCAAACAGAAAGGUAGCUGCAACUAAUAUGAACCGUGCAAGUAGUCGUUCUCACAGCGUCUUCACUUGUGCCAUUGAAAGUAAGUGGGAAUCCCAAGGUGUAACUCAUCAUAGAUUUGCUCGGUUAAAUCUUGUAGAUCUGGCUGGUUCAGAGAGGCAGAAGAGCUCAGGUGCUGAAGGUGAACGUCUCAAGGAAGCCACUAACAUCAACAAGUCCCUUUCAACAUUGGGACUUGUAAUUAUGAACCUUGUGAAUAUUUCCAAUGGGAAGUCACUUCAUGUUCCUUAUCGGGAUUCAAAGCUGACAUUUUUGCUUCAGGAUUCACUAGGAGGAAAUUCGAAAACAAUAAUAAUUGCAAAUAUAAGUCCAUCUAACUGCUGUUCGCUGGAGACACUAAGCACGCUAAAGUUUGCUCAACGUGCUAAGUUCAUUAAAAACAAUGCAAUUGUAAAUGAAGAUGCUUCCGGAGAUGUCAUUGCCAUGCGCUUGCAGAUUCAACAACUCAAGAAAGAAGUAAGCCGUCUGCAAGGUUUAGUCAAUGGAGGGUCUGAGAAUCAGGAGAAUAAUAACUGGACAGUGAGCUUUCCAGGAUCUCCAGGCUGCUUUAAGUGGGAAGGGCUUCAGGGAUCAUUCAGUCCACUCACAUCUGACAAAAGAAUGUCUCAGAAGAAAGAAUAUGAAGCUGCACUUGUUGGAGCUUUUAGGAGGGAAAAGGAUAAAGACAUUGCAUUGCAGGCGUUGGCUGCUGAAAAUCAGGCAGCUAUGCAACUGGCUAAACAAAGAGAAGAUGAGAUACAGGGAUUGAAAAUGAGGCUUCGAUUCCGUGAAGCAGGAAUAAAGAGGUUGGAGGCAGUUGCUUCUGGUAAAAUCUCAGCUGAGACACAUCUUUUGCAAGAAAAGGAGGAACACUUGAAAGAGAUAGAGGUUCUUCGCACCCAAUUGGAUCGGAAUCAAGAAGUCACGAGAUUUGCCAUGGAAAAUCUGCGUCUAAAAGAAGAACUUAGAAGAUUAAAGUCUUUCGUUGAGGAGGGAGAACGGGAGAUGAUGAGCGAACAAAUCACAAUAUUGCAGAGCAAGUUACUUGAAGCAUUGGAUUGGAAACUUAUGCAUGAAGCAGAUCUCGAGACAGUUCAGAAAGGAACUUUCGAUUUGGCAACCAUUUCUAAUGGCGAGGAUAAUCUUCUGAUUUCCAGUCAGAAUCCAACAUCUUGGCAUUCUUCAAUGAAUGAGGAGAAUGAGUUUCUCCGCAUGCAGGCUAUUCAGAACCAAAGUGAACUGGAUGCACUUUGCAAGAAGCUAAACUCCUGCCUUGAUGAGAAAGGACAAUUGGAGAGGCGUGUUAAUGAGUUGAAACAAGAACUUGAAGACGUGAAGAAUACUUCAGGAGCAAUGAAUGGAGUUACAGGGCAACAAGUACAAAUUGAACUUCCUUCUCUUCAUUUUGCAGCACCUGAUCAUAUGUCCAAUGUCACAUUAAAUGAUCAGAUGGAGCUUAAAACCAUGGUCGAUGCAAUUGCCUCUGCAAGUCAACGAGAAGCAGAAGCUCAUGAAACAGCAAUAAUUUUGGCCAAAGAGAAUGAUGAGCUUAGGAUGAGGCUGAAAAUCCUAAUUGAUGAUAACAAUAAACUGAUCGAACUAUAUGAACAUGCUGCAGAAGAAGCUAAUAAAGACAACAGAAAGGCUGGAAACACACAGGUAGACACCACUGAUGAUCACAAUUGCAGUUCAAUGGGCUUUCCUGAGGAAAGAGAUACUGACAGGAUGAGAGAGAUUGAACAUCUGGAAAGACAACUUCAAGAAAUGCAUGAAGAAAAUGAGAAACUGAUGGGUUUGUAUGAGAAAGCCAUGCAGGAGAGGGAUGAACUCAAAAGAAUGCUUUGUUUCAACAGGCAGAACAGUGAUACCGAAGAGAUAGAAGAGUUUAAUUGCCCAGAAAAGCUUGUUGAAGUAGAUGGAGGUGAAGGCCUCAAUUUGGAUGAACUUCCUUCUAAAUCUGAUGAUGCAAAAGUUUCAAGAGAACAGAUAGGUUUUUCUGGAUUGACUGAGCAAUAUGAAUCUGGCCCAUGUCUAGAAAAUUCAUUAACAGAUGAAGGAAAUCCAACUGAAGUACUACAAGUUGAUAUUGCCGAUAAUUCUGAGGUGGAAGGAAGGUUAUCAGGAGUCACUGAUUCUAAAAUAUUAGAUGAUCUAAAUUUGGCAAGAAUGAAGCUGGAGAAGGCUGAAAAUAAGCUUGUGCAUGCUUCAAAUGCUCUGGGUUUAUUUGGGUUGUAUGACAAAGCAACCAGUGAGGUGGAUGAGCUCUCAAGAAAAAUUGAAGCUACAGAGAAAAUUAUUCAAGUCAAGCAGCAAGAGAUUGUAAAUCUCUCUUCUGAAAUGCUAGAAAGAAGAGUAGUUGUUGAUGACAAAUUAUUGGCUAUGAAGUCUUCUCUAUCAAGCUUUUCUUCAUCAGUUGGUUAUUGGGAGCAGCAAGAAAUUCAAGCAAGGGCAGACAUGGAUGCUUUCUCCUCUAACAUAAAUCAAAAGAAAGAGGAGCUAGCUCGUCUUCAAGCACAAAAGGAUGAACUUGAGGCUAAGAAGAUUAAGCUUCAAAAAUAUGAUGUUGAACUAAGAAAUAAACGUCUCUUAUUAAAAUCAAAACUUGAGGAGGAACAGCAAAGGCAAGAGACAGAGAAGGUGCUGCUUGCGAUAGAUAAUGUGGAGAAAAAAGAGAUUACCACACAAAGAAAUUGGUGUAAAGCUACAGAGUUGCUUAAGUUGGAGGAAGACCAAACCAAGCUGCUAACUGAGAUAAAACGGUCUCGAGAAGAGCUACAGAGCAUACAAAGGGAAAUUGCAAUUUUCCAGACAAAAUCUGGAGAGUUGGAGUGCAAGAUAAAAUCUGUUGAAGGGGAGGUACAGUCUGGCUUGAGAAAAGUGGGGGAGGUGGAGCUUGGACUUUGGAAUGUUAUCCAAGAGAAGCAAAAGCUUUUAGAGAUGGACAAUGGGAAUACAGAAGUUGACAAAAUGCUUCUUGAAUACCACCAAUCUGUAUUUGAAUCUGACUUGAAAGAGAAUGAAGUAAAGCUAAAGGAAGAAGAACUGCAGAUGCAGAUACAAAGUCUAGAGGAGUUAAGAGAAGCUAGGUUGAAAGCAACCCAUAGGAAGACCCAAUUGCUGGGUGAUACAACCUGCUGCUCUUGCAUGUCAGAUGAACACGAGUCAGGUUGCCUGUCCAGAAAGGUAGAAAAGGAGCUCCAAGAUGUUCGAAUGUCAGUUAUAGAAGUGAAGUCAUUACUCAGUGAUGGUAGGUAGUCAGGUAGAUCUUGAUCUUUGGAGCAGUGCUACCUAUAAAUUUCUUUUUUCUUUUUUUUUCAGUCUCUUGUUUGCUGAAAAAACGAAAAAAUAUGCUAACUAUUUUGGGCAUUCUAGAAUAAUGCCCAUAUUGCUAGAUUGAGGAUUCCAUUUAGAUUUGCUGUUUAGUCUAUGUAAUUUCUGUAAAUAAUGUUCAAUAGUGGAUGUUGAUCGGAGUGGAAAAUUAAGAAUAGUAGCCCCUCAAGUUACCAG